AUGGAAAUCAAUGUCACCGCCGUGAGCUGGCCCUCUCUCUACAACCCAACCAUUGAGCUCUCCGUCGGUCGUGAUCCUGUGCAACCAGGUGGCUCUUAUCUCGUUAAUCCAGAUGAUAUAUUUCGUUUCACUCUUUACUGGACUCUUAUAUUCCACAUUCCUUUCUAUGCCAUCUGUGGCAUCUAUGCAUUCCUCAACUUCGCAUUUCCGCCUUCGCGUCGAUCAAUAGCGACAUUCCCACUCGAAGCAUCUACCCACAUCCCCAUAUCUCCUGAACCCAGCCAAACGGAACAAUGGAUAAAGCGUCCACGACCAAAUGUUCGCCGUUCUCGAAUCACAUUUGCCCUCCUCGUUAUUCUUGCGUUUCUAUUCCUCAGUCUCACUGGUGCUGUCAUGGGAGCAGCUGUGGGUGUGUACAAGGCAGGCGGCUUUUACAUGUCCACCUGGGUCCCGUUCGUAUGGGCUGUGAUACAGAGCCUGGUAGGGCUUCUGGCGAUCUGGCCGUCCGUCAUCAACAUCAUUUGA